AGCGGCUUUGCCGAUAUAAAGCCGCACCCAUUCAUUCAAGAAGCUCCAUUUUCUUUUCAAUCUCUUUUUCUUCUUCUGCAACACUGUUCAACUUCGUCAUAAAUCAAUCUCAAACUCUCUCUCUCUCUCUCUCAGACACACACAAUCACAUGGAAGAAGAGCUCGAAACUUCCACCGCCACGCACUCUACAUCAUCAGACCUUCAAAACCCUAACAAUGGCGAAACCACCAUCUUCAACCAACACACCAAUUCCGACAUCGACAGCACUUUCUCCACCCCUUUCGUCAGCGCUACCUCCAGCCCCGCCAGUGGUGGUGGAUUUUUCUACAGUGUUCCGGCGAGUCCAAUGCAUUUCGUGCUCUGUUCGUCUUCUCCGGUGUCUGAGGGGACAAUGUCGGCCUCAUUCGAGUUCGAAUUUUCGGCUAGGUUUGGAACUGUAGGUUCUGCGUCGAAAGAAUCGAUGAGCUCGGCCGACGAGCUGUUCCUGAACGGCCAGAUCCGGCCGAUGAAGCUCUCGACGCCGCUUCUGGAUCUACACGAAACCGAAGGCGAUUUCGAGAAUAAAAUGAACGAAGAAGCUGAUGAGAGGUUUCCGAGAGUGAAAUGGCGAGACAGAUCUCUGCGUAGAAGCAGAAGAACCAGAUCUAUGUCUCCAUUAAGAACACCACUGUUUCAAUGGCACGAAAAUGACGAUGAAGAAGAGCAAGAGCAAAAGCAAAAGCAAAAGACCGAGAACAAAAAAUGCAAUGUAGCUUUCGAAGCUCUCAAGAACAAGCAGAACGAGGCGGAUUCGACGUCGACUCCAUCGUCGAGGUCGAAGAGUUGGCUGUUUUUGAAAGAUUUUCUGUACAGAAGCAAGAGUGAAGGACGGAACAACGGUCACAGCAAGUUCUGGAGCUCGAUAUCAUUCUCGCCAAUCAAGGAUAGAAAGGUCUCUGAAUCGGUUGCUUUUUCCGCCCCCGCGGCGGCGAAGGCGAGAGGAGCGGGGAAGCGGAGAGUGCCGGCGUCGGCACAUGAAUUGCAUUACACGGAGAAAAGGGCGGAGGCGGAGGAGAUGAGGAAGAAGACGUACUUGCCGUACAGGCAAGGAUUGUUUGGGUGCUUAGGUUUUAGCUCAAAGAGUUAUGAUGCAAUGAAUGGUUUUGCUAGAGCUUUCAACCCUGUUUCUUCAAAGUAAAUUAAUCCAUAAUCUUAUGUGUGUCUGUUGUAUGUAUAGAGAUCAUAGACUGGUUUCAUUACAUAUGUUUUAUAAAGCUCUCUCUCCAUUGCAUUCUGUCAAACAUAUUAAAAAGUGUUAGUUUUGUGGUUUGCAAUUGUAAUACGGAAAAGUUAGCAAUCAUGAAAAAAAAUUUCAUGAAAGAGUUAUGAUUUUUAGAUUACUAAUUCAGUUGUGCUUUAUUUUAAGUAUAAUUCAAGGGUCACAAAGUUUUUAUGAUUA